AUGUCUCUUGAACACGACAACGACCUCUCUUCGACGCGGCAGGAGCCACUACACGACGAUGGUGGCCUGAAAUUGGCUCCAGAGAAGAGCAAGCCACUAGAAACGCAGAAUUAUCUCCCUUUUCGACGUACUUAUCGACGUAGUCGGGCCACCAACAGCAGUUUCAUCACUCGUCUUGGAACAUUCCUGGUUGCGCUUGCAGCUGCGUUCCUCGUCUUUCUGGUGAAGCGAUACGAACUUGAUGAGGUCCUUGUCCGAGUGUUAGGAGCAGAAGAUCAUCUUCAAGUGUAUAGGACAGGCGCACCAUCACGUACCGGUCACUUGAGCCGCGACUAUGCCAUAUGUACACGAACAAAGGGCGGGAUAUACACCCUAGAAGAGCGGGGGAAUGAUCCAGAGUGGGCUGAACGGACACAGUGUCUCGUCGUCGAUAAGCAUGGGACCAUUGCAGCGACUGGAAGUAUAGAUGAAAUCAAGACGACGCAUCCGCAACUACGACCGAGGUUCCUGCCUUCAGGUUCGACGGUUGUACCUGGCUUGGUGGAUAGUCAUGUACAUCUGAUGGAAUACGGCUGGAGCAGGUCUCUGAACCUAGAGGGAACCAAGAGCGUAGAUGAGGUCGUGCAGCGCGUGCGCGACUAUAUCCUCGCACGACCUCUGGUACACGACGAAGAGUGGAUUGAGGGAGUAGGAUGGGAUCAAAAUCUUUGGGAAAACUGGCCUGGGGGAUUCCCGACCCACGAGAUAUUGGACGCCGAUCCCGUUCUACGAGGGAAGCCUAUCAUUCUGUUCCGUAUUGAUCUCCAUGCGAUGUGGAUCAAUGGUCGUGCACUCGAGUUGUGCGGCAAGUUACCUGACAAGGCCGAAGGCGGCGAAAUCAUUCGCAACGGAGCGACUGGGAAACCCACUGGUGUAUUCCUCGAUAAUGCACAGCUUCUCGUACCUAGGCCACAAUGGUCACAAGCUCAGAUGAGAGAGUUUGUCCAAAAGGGGUUCAAGGAUGUGCUGAAGUAUGGAGUUACCGCUGUACACGACGCAAUGACUCGCGAUAUUGCGGUCAAGUUUUAUCGAAUGCUGGCGGACCAAGGAGAACUUCCAAUUAGGAUGCAUCUCAUGGGCUACAUGGAUGUUGGAUACUGGAACGGCACAGAGCGCUUUGAUCAUUAUGGCCCACACCAGCGUCUACAUCUCCGUAGCAUCAAGAUGGUUGCAGAUGGUGCCAUAGGCUCGUGGGGUGCGGCAAUGUAUGAACCGUACACGGACAAUCCGUCGACCUCUGGCUUUUUCGUCGUCUCUGAGCAAGACCUCAAGGACUUUAUACCGCGAUACCUCGAAGAAGGUUGGCAAGUCAACGUUCAUUGUAUAGGCGAUCGCGCAAAUGGCGAAGUGUUGGAUAUUAUGGAAAGUGCCUUGCGAGGGCAUAAUGCGCACAAGGUUCGCCUGCGCAUCGAACACGCACAAAUACUACGCCCAAAUGAUAUCCUGCGUAUGGCAAAGUUGGGCAUCAUUGCGAGCGUGCAACCAAAGCAAGCAACGAGCGACAUGGUCUACGCAGACGCACGUCUGGGUGAAAGAGUCAAAUCCGCCUACGCGUAUCAAACCCUUCUCAAGACAGGUGCGAGGAUAGCCCUAGGGUCAGACAUGCCGGUGGAGAGUCCAAACCCGCUUGUCACCUUCCAUGCCGCCAUUGCUCGAGUCAAUGCGACGGGAGGUUCUCCUCACGGACCCGACGGAUGGUACCCGGAUGAGAAACUUACUAGAAUGCAAGCACUAAGAGGCAUGACUACGGAUGCAGCUUAUGCUUCGUUUUCUGAAAACGAAGUGGGUGAGCUAGUGCCGGGCAAGAAAGCAGACUUUGUCGUCUUGGACAGAGAUAUCAUGACAGUGGACGCGCAGGACAUUCUCCAGACCAACGUUUUGGCGACUGUAGUGGAUGGGGCCGUUCAGUAUGGAGCACUUUGA